AUGGACAGCUGUGGCAACGUAUGUGCUGCCACCACCCCGAGCGCGACGACGGAGAUCAAGCUUGAGCACAUGCCCUACACCCAGGAGGAGAUGGAGUUGCUCAAAGAGUUCGAGACUUUGGCAUUGUCGGUCUCGCGACCCCAGGAGAUGCUAUCCAGCCUCAAGCUGCAGCACACCGCGCUCCGGUCCACGAUGGUGGACAUGGAGGAUAUGCUGUCCACUUCGCAGAUGCAGCUGGCGCAGCUGGCGGCAAAGGUUGAAAAGGUGCAGAAGAUGCAUCGGGAACGCGAGAAGACGGUAGAAAGCCUCGGGAUUGGCGAGGAAGUCCGUGAAGCGACCGAGUCGGUCGAUGAGAACAACAUCACGGCUGAUGCACCCCAGGUGAUGGCCACUACGUCGGAUGUCGUGCAGGCCAUCCUGCAGCGUUCUGACUCCCAACAAGAGGCAAACAACAAGACCGGCAAGACCCAUUAUCUCCUCGAGAAGGUAAGGGAGAGCCAUAAGCCGACCCUCACAUUCAAGGCCUUACCGCCGAUUGAAAAGGGUUUUUGGCCCUUCUUGACCGCGCUGUGCAAGAGGGUGACGAAGAGCUACUAUUUCGAGUGCAUCAUCUCCCUGGUGAUUGUGGCGAAUUCCGCGAUGUUGGGCGUCGAGAGCCAGAUGUCCAUGGCAAACCAGAACCUGGACUGGGCGAGCCAGGCAGAGGCAUGCUUCAUCGUCGUCUACACCAUAGAGUGCAUCUUGAGGGCCAUCGCGGAGAGGUGGGGCGUACUUCGCGACGGCUGGUUCAUCUUCGACGUUAUACUCGUGAUCAGCGCAUAUGUCGAGCAGAUAUACGCGCUCGUUUAUGACGUCUCGGACCAGCAGGUCAUGGUACUCCGUGCUAUGCGCCUCAUCCGCUUGGUCCGUACCUUCCGUGACCAGGAAGCAGCUGGAGAUCUGCAGACUGUAGAUUUCAUGAUUGCAUCUGUCAGAAGUAUCGCCGUCGUUCUGGCCUGUGGUGAGGGCC